AUGUACUUCACCGCCAAGCUCGCAGCUAUCCUCCUGGCCGCCGCAGCCUCUGCACGAUCUGCUGCUGUCGCAAGAACGGAGCUCGCCGCGCUCUCAGUUGUAUUCUUCGACGAUGUCAACUUCACGGGCGCUGCUUACUCUCCCGACACUCUCCUUCAGUCGGUUUGCAGCACUCUCCCAGGUGACUGGCUCGACAGGCCAGAGAGUGUCCUCAUCGCCUCGGGAUUCAGCUGCACAUUCUUCGAAUUCCAAGGCUGCGAGGGUCCUGGAACAACCCUGUCCGGAAACAUCGCAUCGCUCCCCGACCCUUCUCUUUACAACAACGUCGAAUCUUUCAGCUGCAACAAGGCAAUUUAA